AUGUCUACAAUCCAGAUUCUUUCGGAUCUUCAUCUCGAAACCCCCAAAAGCUACGAUGUCUUUGAAAUCAUCCCAACAUCACCACACCUGGCUCUCCUCGGCGACAUCGGAUGUGUAAAGGACGCAGAGUACUUUAUUUUCCUCGAGCAACUUUUGUCCAACUACAAGAUUGUCUUCCUUCUCCUCGGCAAUCACGAGCCGUACCACAGUGACUGGACAAAUGCCAAGCAAAAAAUUCGAAAAUUCGAGCAAGAAGUUAGGGAAAAGAAAGUUUCCCAAAACCUCGCAUCAUUCGUCUUUCUAGAUCAGACUCGAUUCGACCUUUCCCCUAAACUCACCAUCUUGGGCUGUACGCUGUUUUCCAAAAUUCCACCAUCUCAGAUGAACGACGUCAGCUUCGGUCUAAAUGAUUUCUACCAUAUUCAAGAUUGGACCGUGGAGCAGCACAACGAAGCUUUUACCGCGGACUUGGCUUGGCUGAACUCGGAAGUUACGUCGAUCACGGAUAAUGAGCCAGAGCGCCGAGUCAUUAUUCUCACUCAUCAUAGCCCUAGUAUUUCUCCCGCAGCUGUCGAUCCUGCACAUUCCCAAAGCAGGAUCUCGUCGGGCUUUGCUAGCGAUUUAUCUGGUGAGCUCUGCUGGACUAGCGGGAAUGUGGUAGCAUGGGCUUUUGGACACACGCAUUUUAAUUGCGAUUUUGUUGAAAAGGGAAGUGGGAAGCGGGUUGUUACGAAUCAGAGAGGUUAUUAUUUCCAACACGCGGUGAGGUUUGAUGAGGAGAAGCGCGUUGAGGGUUGA